CUAAGAACUACAGACAAAACUACUGCGUGCUCUGGACAGAAAGGGAUCAUGGUUCACCCUGCAGUCUAUAUUGGUGGGAUUGGAUCCAAAACAAAUAACCAAGUUCUCAUGCCAAGGAUUAGGAAAUGAAGAUCUAGGUGGCUGUUGAAUAAUCUAGUAGCAGGUGUGUCAAAUAGCACCCUCUUUUUGGAUCCUAAGAAUAAAUAGUCCUGACACACCUAGCGAGAGAUUGAAUUCUGCACAACAUUGUCAACAUGGAACUCAUAGGAGCAACUUCUUUGUUACUACUAGCAUGCAUAGUAUUCAUCCUUCUAAGCAUAACACAAGCCAGAAAAGGGAAAAGCGAAGGCAGAUUGCCACCAGGGCCAACACCCUUGCCCAUCCUGGGAAACAUUCUUCAAAUUAAUGCUAAAGAAGUUUUUAAGUCACUCAAUAAGCUGAGUGAAAAGUAUGGACCGGUAUACACUAUCCACAUGGGCAUGGAUCCUGUCGUGGUAUUGUGCAGCUGUGAUGCAGUGAGGGAAGCUCUCAUUGACAAUGCGGAGGAAUUUGGUGCCAGAGGGCAUUUUCCAAUUCUGGAGAAGUUUAGUUCUGGAGGUCAUGGGGUAGUGGGCAGUAAUGGAGAGCGCUGGAAACAGCUACGCCGCUUCUCUCUGAUGACAUUAAGAAACUUUGGUAUGGGUAAAAGAAGCAUUGAACAGAGAAUUCAAGAAGAGGUCCAGUUCCUUACAGAAGAAAUGAGAAAGAGCAAUGGCCAGCCUUUGGAUCCAACAUUCUAUUUUUCCAAAGCUGUUUCAAAUGUCAUCUGUUCAGUGGUAUUUGGAGAUCGAUUUGACUAUGCGGACAAAGAGUUUCUGAAACUUCUGAGCUUCAUGAAUGAAAUCUUUAGAGGAGCUAGCUCUGUUUGGGGACAGAUAUACAAUUUCUAUCCUAAAGUUAUGGGAAAGAUCCCAGGGCCUCAUCAAAAAAUGCUUAAUGCCAUUGAUGGUAUUCAGGAAAUUAUUACCAAACAUGUGAAAAUGCAUAAGGAGACUCUGGAUACCAACGAUCCUCGGGAUUUCAUUGACUGUUUCCUCAUUAAGAUGGAACAGGAAAAAAAUAUACCUGAGACUGAGUUUCAUAUGAAAGCCAUUGUGAAUACCACAUUUGAUAUGUUUGCUGCUGGGACAGAAACUGUUAGCACAACACUGCGUUAUGGAUUCUUGAUUCUCCUCAAGCAUCCCGAUGUUGAAGAACGCAUCCAUGAAGAGAUUGACCGAGUCAUUGGAAGGAACAGGGCCCCAUACAUAGAAGAUCGAUCUCAUAUGCCCUAUAUGGAUGCUGUAAUCCAUGAAAUUCAAAGAUUUAUCGACCUCCUACCACUGGGAAUCCCACACAAAGUAACACGUGAUAUGAAAUUUAGAGGAUUUUUAAUUCCAAAGGAUACAACCAUCUACCCAGUGCUCAGUUCUGUUCUACAAGAUCCAAAGCAGUUUAAAUACCCACAUCAAUUCAAUCCAGGACAUUUUUUGGAUGAUAAAGGAAUGUUUAUUCGGAAUGAUGGAUUCAUGCCGUUUUCUUCAGGCAAACGGAUCUGUCUUGGAGAAGGUCUUGCUAGAAUGGAGCUCUUCCUGUUUAUCACCACCAUUUUACAGAAUUUCAGCCUCUGGUCAUCUAUGAGCAUAGAAGAAAUAGACUUAUCACCUCAAAUGAGUGGAUUUGGAAAUGUUCCUUGUUCUUACCAGUUGGCCUUCAUCCCGCGUUAAUUAAUUUUGUUAUUGAAUUUUUACUUUGAGCAUUUACAAGAAUCAAUUGUUGCAAGCUUGGAAGCUAAGAGUCAUAUGCCAGCAGCAGUAGGAAAUAAUAAUUGUAUGUAUUAAAAUUGAAAAUUGUUUAUUAUAUAAGAUAAAUUACAUUGUGUAGUAAAAUAAAUGUACUAAUGUGCCAGUUUCAAUAAGCUAGGCCAAACAUGACCUUAAGCCCAACAGUUAGGCCUUCUAUAAAUAGGCAUAUUACUCAUCAGUGUUGUACAGACCUGUAAUAUGGCACUAUUGGCUUGCAAUGCGCAUUGGCAUUUGCUGUGUUAUAGAAGUAUUGCUUCUAGGGGAAAUGCAGAGCCAUAGAUGCAAAUUGUGGCACAAAUGGUCCAAAAUAUUAACCCGUAGUGAUUACCAUUCAGAAGCAUUGCCAUAUGGAUGAAAGACCCUAAAGGAAUUGUCUGAGUUAAAUAGUAGCAGUUAAUAUGAUAAGGUAGAAAAAGUCAUACUCAACCUUUUCACAUUGCUACUUCCAGCAUCACAAUCUCAUAAUGCAGUGCUGACAUCUUCUUAUUAGCUGCAGCAUUGACAUCUUGACCACACCAGGUCACCGUGCAGCCAAUCAUUGGCUUCAGCAGUAUAUAGUGCAUGACUUUGAUUGGCCAGUGUGUCAUGUAGAGUCACUGUGCUCGCCACCAUACUGUCACUCACCGAGCUUCUGUCCUCCAGCAGCAGGGUCCGUUACCAGAUCCCUGUGUUCCACGCUGCAGGUUGCAACCUCGCUGCAAGGCCUCUUUCUGUAUGUGUAUUAAAGAGACCAUACACUGCUGAAACGCAAAGGUUAAUUCUUCUUUUUACUCUGUGUCCAGCUGCUGAC